AUGCAUUGUGGGCCUCCCGACAUGGUCUGCGAGACGAAGAUCGUGGCCGCCGAGGACCAUGAGGCGCUGCCGGGGGCCCAGAAGGACGCGCUGCUCGCCGCCGCCGGCGCCAUGUGGCCCCCGCUGCCCGCCGCCCCCGGGCCGGCCGCCGCCCCCGCCGCGCCCCCGCCCGCGCCGGGCCCCCAGGCUCUCGGCGGCGCCGGGGGCGCUGAGCCGGCCGAGGGGCGCGGCGUGUACAUCCGCGAGUUCCGCGCGGCGGAGCAGGAGGCUGCGCGCCGCAUCUUCUACGACGGCAUCAUGGAGCGCAUCCCCAACACGGCCUUCCGCGGCCUGCGGCAGCACCCGCGCGCGCAGCUGCUCUACGCCCUGCUGGCCGCGCUCUGCUUCGCCCUGACGCGCUCCCUCCUGCUGACCUGCCUGGUGCCCGCGGGGCUGCUGGCCUUGCGCUACUACUACAGCCGGAAGGUGGUCCUCGCCUACCUGGACUGCGCGCUGCACACGGACAUGGCCGACAUCGAGCAGUACUACAUGAAGCCCCCCGGCUCCUGCUUCUGGGUGGCCGUACUGGACGGCAACGUGGUGGGCAUCGUGGCGGCGCGGGCCCACGCGGCGGACAACACCGUGGAGCUGCUGCGCAUGUCCGUGGACUCGCGCUUCCGCGGCAAGGGCAUCGCCAAGGCGCUGGGCCGCAAGGUGCUGGAGUUCGCGCUGGUGCACAACUACUCCGCGGUGGUGCUGGGCACCACGGCCGUCAAGGUGGCCGCCCACAAGCUCUACGAGUCGCUGGGCUUCAGACACAUGGGCUCAAGUGACCGCUACGUGAUGCCCGGCAUGACCCUCUCACUGGCCGAGCGCCUCUUCUUCCAGGUCCGCUACCACCGCUACCGCCUGCAGCUGCGCGAGGAGUGACCGCCGCCGUCCGCCCGCCCGCCGC